AACCAAAGUGAGAAACAUGUAGGUCUUAUAAAGUCCCACCUAAUAGACUUGUCAGCAAAGGUGAAACUCCUCGAACAAAAGGUUUAUGAGAAUAAUAAACAUGGCUGUCGGUGUAUGCUUCACAAAGCUGGAGAUCUGGUUCCUGCUUGUCCCCUUCAUUUGUGCAGGUUUGCAGAAGUGUGUCAACGGUUCUGAAAGGAUCAGUUACAACAUGUUGUCCCAAUCUUCAGGUACCGUCAGCGUGUCCUGGGAAAACUGCAGUUACAUGACAUUGAAUUCAACAGUUCUUCACCUGGGUGAUCCUUUGUCAGCCACUUGCCAAUUGAAAAGUGAAGGCUGCACUUUUGAUUACAGAAUUAAUGCAACUAGCAUCGUCUGGCGAAUGAAUGGGGAAGAGGUUCCCAGAAAUCAGUACCGUGCAUUGAAUGACAAAAUGUCGACAGUAUUCAUACCUUGGUUCAAUCGAUCGAAAGGGAACCUGACUUGUCACCUCUGGUACAACAACUCGUGGCAGCUACUUCAAUGGGCUGAGGUCAGAGCUGGAUUUCCUCCGGUGAGGCCACGCCUUUCAUCCUGUAUCUCUCACUGGACUUCAUUUUUGACACAAAGCAUGAUUUGUAAUUGGGAUUCAGGACCUGAAACAUAUCUAGAAACAAACUUCACACUAUAUAUAUCAGAAAUGAUUGGGAACUGCAGUAUAAGAUAUUUAGACCCAAGGAAUUGUACUACAAACAAGACCAAAAAUUCAUGUAUGGUUCUUGUUUCAAAUUUGGCUUCUUACCAUGACAUCUGGGUGACUGCUACAAAUGAGUUUGGCUCAGAGACAUCCAGCCACAUGUGUCUUGAUGGCAUGCUAAUAGUAAAGUUCAAAGCUCCUCGAAUAAUUGCAGUGAAGCCAGACACACAGCAAAAUGAUUGUUUACUUGGACAUUGGGAGAUGCCAUUUGAAAUGGUUACUCACAGUAAAGCUGUUUUUGAAAUCCAAUACAAACCACUGGAUGAAGACAAAUGGACUCGGGUUCCUUUAACAGUAAUAAAUAGUACAUUCUUCAAACUGUGCAAUCUCCUACCUUAUACUGAGUACCAGCUGAAGAUUCGUUGUAAGCAGAAAACUGAGAUUAGUCCGUGGAGUGAAUGGAGUAAUGAAAAUACAGGCAUUACAUCAGAAUGCGCUCCAGCUCAAAAAUUACAGAUUUGGAGAAGCAUUGAGGCCUUCGGUGGCAAUGGAACUCGUAGAGUGCAUCUAAUGUGGAAGCCACUGGAAAAGAGUGCAGCAAAUGGAAAGAUUUUGGGUUACAGGAUCCAACUGCAUGAGCCUGGGAUUCAAGUGUACAACACCUCAAACCUGGAGUACAGCUUCCACCUACCCGAUGGAAACUACAAAAUCGAAGUGGCUGCUUACAACUCUGUGGGAGCAUCUCCAGAGGCUCAGGUUAUUAUUCCCUCAUCGAAUGAAUUAGAGUUUCCGCCAUUGUCCCAUCUUGUUGCUUCUUCAAUUGGGAACACCAGCCUACUGAUUCAGUGGAGACCUCCUAACAUGACAACAACUGGUUAUGUGCUGGAAUGGUGUGUGCUGUCUGAGAAAACCGCCUGUAAUAUCAACUGGCAAAAUGUACCCGCCAAUAAUACAGAAGCAAUUGUACAAGACAAUAUUGAGCCAAUGCGUCUCUACAACAUUUUGCUUUACCCACUUAUUGAUGGUUUACCAGGUGUUCCAACAUCUACUCAGGCAUAUUCAAAAGAAGGUGCCCCACAACGAAGUCCUGAAAUUAGAACUAAGCAGAUCUGGAAAACCAAAGUACAACUUGAGUGGGAGGAGCUUCCAGUUGAUGAUCGGAAUGGCUUUAUCAGGAACUACACCAUAUUGUACAAAAAUAAGAAUGGAAAAAUGAAUUCUGUUGCAUUAAAUGGAUCCAUACAAGAUUACAUCCUUGCUGGUCUGACAGCAAACACAGAGUAUGAGGUCAAUCUCAUGGUCUCCACGAAUGGAGGGAGCACCAUUGGUUCCAAUUUGACCAUCACUACCAAGAUGUUUGAUGAUGGAGAGGCUGAAGCCUUCCUGAUGGUCACCCUUUUAUUUGCUCUGUUAACAGCGCUGAUUUUUAUAGCAGUGUGUAUCUAUCAGCGACGCAGACUUAAGAAACAUUUCUGGCCCAACAUUCCAGAUCCUGCCAAUAGUACGCUUGCUCAAUGGAUGCCAAAGAAAUUAACUGAGGAUGUAAAGGAGCUUAAGGAGGAGCUGAGUCCAAAGACACAGAUCCAGGUUGUCCAUUAUGGUAGCUUGACCAAAGCCAACGUUGAUAGCACCAAUUACUGCUGGAUGCAGGAGAUAAAACAUGGACAAUAUCCAAAACCUGAGGGCAACGGCUUAAAUGAAGUAAACAGCAGCACCACACAGUCCCUACAGGUCCAUAACUCCUGGCAAAAUGUGUCAGGUCUGCAAGAAGAUUUCCAGACACACUACAUUGUCCUGGAGUAUAAUGGGAUGAACAUAAGUGAAUACAAGAAACACAUGAUUCCAACACUUGCAGUUGCCCCAUCAGACUCCAGACAACCUCCUUUCUCCUGUUUAUCUCAAAUUACUCCUUGCGAAGAACAAAAGGGAUUAUCAUCAUUUCACCAUUUCCCAGACAACGGCCCUGGUAAAACACCGCAGGAAUCAAAUGAUGAAAUAAAUGAAUGGGAGCUGUUACAUGGUUUUCCAUUUUUAAUGAACUUGAAUAUUGGUUAAAGUCCUCAAUGUGUAUGCAGCUGAAUAUAUUGUGAUAUGGAUUGUGAAUAUAUUGUGAUGCACAGGGCUAGAUGGGCCAAGCAUCUUUGCCUUGCUCAUAUGUUUGUGCAACAACUAUAACAACUUGUAUUUAUAUGGCACCAUUAGCAUAGUAAAAACAUCCCAAUGUGCUUAAGGAGGAUAAUCAAACAAAAUCUGACACAAAGCCAUAUAAGGUCCAUAUUAGGACAAGUGACCAAAAGUCAAAAGGGCAGAUUUUGAAUAACCUCUUCACAGAGGAGAGAAGUAGAGAGUUGUGGAGGUUUAAGUUGGGAAUUCUCAUGUUUAGGGCCUAGGGAAUGUCAGUAUUGGAAUAAUUAAAACCAUGGACACAGACAUCUUGGAGUGCAGUUACCCUGACAGGCUGUAGGAGGUUGCAAAAGUGAGAGUGGAGAUAACACUAGCAUUGCUAUCAAUUAAUACUAUGCUUUAAAGUUUCCACUUGUCUCAAAACGCCUGUCUCAAUUUACAUUGGCACUAUGCUCCGAGAUGCAAAACUUAGUGCAAUAAACCUACUCCACUACCUGAGGGAAAACUAAUUGAAAUGGCUUUUAAGAACAAAUAGUUUUAAAAAUAAUUGUGUCUUCUUACAAACUGGAACUUCUCAGUAUUAAAAAUUCUCCAGCUUCAGUAGAAAAUUAGUUACUGUUGUAGUAAAAUCCCAGCAGUUUCUAUAAUGUUAUAUUCCUGUUCCUUGCAGCUUUUCACCCUCCAUUAUUUAUAUUGUUUCUUGGCCUUUUUUGGUUCAAGAAAAGGCUCAAUGGCUUUGGUAUGUUUGCAUUAUUAUCACAGAAUCUCUACAGUGUAGAAUCAGGCCAUUCAAUCCAUUGAGUCCACACUGACCUUCUGAAGAGCGUCCCAUCCAGACACACCCCAACCUUAUUCCUGUCACCCUGCAUUUCCAACAGCUAAUCCACCUAGCCUGCGCAUCCCUGGAUGCUAUGGACAGUUAAGCAUGGUCAAUCCUUCAUGCACAUCUUUGGACUCAGAGAAAACCAUAGUAACCCUAUGUAGAUGUGGAGGGAAUGUGCAAACUCUGUACAGACAUUCACCCGAGGGUGCAAUUGAAUCCAGGUCCCUGGUGCUGUGAGGCAGUAUUGCUAACCACUG